AACAGCUCAUACCCGAGUGAGAGAAUUAAGUGUGUCAUGGAUGCGGUUCCGUGUUGUUUAUCAUCCAUUCUUGGCAUUGCAGCUUUGGUGCUGCUUUGGUUUUCAUGGCGAAAACAGAGCAAGAGAUUGCCACCGGAGGCAGGUGGCGCGUGGCCUAUUAUUGGCCACCUCCACCACUUCCGAACCUCGGUUCCUUUGGUUAAGACUUUGAGCGAGUGGGCGGAUAAAUAUGGUCCGGUGUUCACCAUCCGCCUCGGCAUAUCCCGGAUCCUGGUGGUUAGUAGCUGGGAAGCCGUCAGGGAUUGCUUCGCUACUAACGAUAAGCUCUUGGCUGCACGUCCAACUACAUGUGCAGGUAAAUACCUUGGCUACGAUUAUGCGGUCUUUACUUUCUCAACAAAUAAUUCAUAUUGGCGAAGAGUACGAAAAUUGGUGGUGGAGGAGAUACUCUCCAGCAGAAGACUUGAGAAACUGAAACAUGUUUGGGUGUCGGAGCUGCAAACCAACAUCAAAGAACUCUACACUUUUAUUUCCAUGGAUAACAACAACCCCUCCGCUCCCAAAGUGAACAUGAGCAGAUGGUUCGGACAUUUAACGUUGAAUUUGAUAAUGCAGAUAGUCGCCGGCAGGAGGUACGAGUACCGGAGUGACGGGACGAUCAACGAGGAGGCACAGCGUCUCAAGAAGGUGUUUAGCCAAGUUAUGUAUCUGUGGGGUGAGUUUGUCUCCGGGGAUGCCAUAUUUCCACUCUGGUUUUUCAGGUGGUUGGACUAUGAAGGCCAUGUCAAGACCAUGAAAAGAGCUGCAAAGGAUGUGGAUGCCAUCUUGCAAGAUUGGGUGGAUGCUAGGAGGAAGGAGAGGAGAAGUAAUGAAGAUCAAAAGUUUAUUGAUGUUAUGCUUUCUAUGAUUGAUGAUCAAUUUACCCAAGGUUACAGUUACUCCCGGGACACAGUAAUCAAAGCAAUUGUAUUGAGUAUGUUACAAGAUGCUAGUGAAACGUUUGCGACUCACUUGACAUGGAUAUUGGCUGUAUUGCUAAAACACCCAGAAUCGUUGAAGCGUGUUCAGGAUGAGAUAGACACCAACAUUGGCAAAGAAAGGUGGGCAGAAGAUUCUGAUGUUAAGAAUUUACCAUACCUUCAAGGUGUAGUUAAAGAAACACUGCGAAUGUACCCACAAGGACCAUACCUAGCUCCACACGAAGCGGUGGAAGAUUGUAUAGUAGAUGGCUAUCACAUCCCAAAGGGCACACAACUAUACGUCAAUGUGUGGAGAUUGCAUCGCGAUCCUAAAAUCUGGCCUGACCCAGAAAAGUUUUUACCAGAAAGGUUCAUGACAAAUUUAGAAGGGGAAGCUGCCCAAAAUAGACAGUAUCAGUUUGUCCCAUUUGGUCUUGGACGACGAUCAUGUCCUGGAAAUUUAUAUGCAACACAAAUUACACAAGUUGCAGUUGCUCGACUAUUUCAAGGCUUUAAUUUCAGCACAGUUCCAAAUGAGCCAUUGGACAUGAUGGAAGACGUAGGCAUUAUCUUGCCUAAGUUAACUCCUUUAGAAGUACUUGUUACACCGCGUUUAUCUCCUACUCUAUUUAGAUUAUAAGCAUAUAUAUGCUUAAUGCGGAUGUAUGUUUUUUAAUUUUCUAUGUGGUCAAAUAAAAGUCUUUAAUAUAUGCAUGGUGUAUACAUGCAUAUAGAAUAAAUGAAUGGAAUUCCUAUUCCCAUAUGUUCUA